CAAUCACUUGAUCGAUCUCAGCUGGGGGUAAGUGAGUCGCCAUGGACGCCAUGAUCAGCGACCCGUCGCUGGCGAUGUCAGUGGAGCGGGCGUUCGAGAAGCAGCCGCUGGCAGGGACAUUGGACCAGGUGACCCCGCGGUCAGUGGUGAUCGCGGUGGUUCUGUCCAUCGUCUUCGGGUUCGUGUCCCUCAAGCUCCAGAUGACGGCCGGCGUCCUGCCGAGCCUCAACAUGCCCAUCACCGUGCUCAGCUACAUCUUCCUCAAGUGGUUCGUCGGCCUGCUGCGGACGUGCGGCCUCCCCGCGCCGCCCUGCACGCGCCAGGAGACCGUGUUGAUAGUCACCACCGUCAUCACAGUAGGCAACUUAGCCAUAACCGGUGGGUUUGCUUUGUACAUCACUUCAAUGACUUCUGUCGUGGCGACAUCACUCGGUGAAGAACAUCCUGAUCCAAAAAACAUUGUCGACAAUUUUCCGACAGGACAAUGGAUGCUAUUCCUUUUCCUUGUUGGUCUAAUGGGAAUAUUCACUAGUGUGCCGUUGAACCAGGUGAUGAUUCUUGAUUACAGAUUACUAUUCCCUACUGGGACAGCUCAAGCUCACCUUAUUAACAGUUUUCACACCCCUCAAGGAGCUUACCUAGCCAAGAUGCAAGUUGCAAGCAUAUUCAAAUUUUUCAUAGGUAGCUUUUCUUGGGCUGCAUUUUCAUGGUUAUACACUGCAGGCAAAGAUUGUGGAUUUUCAAGCUUCCCAUUGUUUGGACUUGAAUUAUAUAAGCACAGGUUCUUCUUUGAUUUUUCUGCAACAUAUAUUGGCGUGGGAAUGAUGGUCCCGCCUAUGGUAAAUAUUUCGUUUCUUUCUGGAGGCAUGGUAUCUUGGGGAAUUUUAUUCCCGUUUCUCGAAUCGAAAAAUGGGAUAUGGUAUAAUGCUAGUCCAACGAGUUUGUCGGGACUGAAUGGGUACAAGAUCUUUAUCACAGUUGCACUGAUUGUCACAGAUGGCCUCUACACUUUGAUCAUGCUCCUUAUUACAGCUUACAAUGACUACAGACUGAAACGGCAAGAAACAGAUUCAGUGGUGGCUAACUACUUGAAAAGACACCCCAGCCUUAACUACGAUGAUCGUAAAAGGAUCGAGGUAUUCCUUGAAAACAGAAUUCCUGUUUCCAUACCAGUGGUUGGGUACAUCAUAUGUGCAACAAUCUGUGCAGUUAUUAUCCCAAACUUGUUCAGCCAGAUAAGUUUCUAUCAUGUCAUCACAAUAUAUACUAUUAUCCCAAUGGCUGCCGUCACCAAUACCUAUGUAGCUGGGCUCACGGACUGGAACGUUGCAUAUACUUAUGCCAAGUUCACAAUCUUCAUCGUCGCAGCAUGGGUUGCAAAACCAGGCGCCAUUGUCGCUGGCCUUGUAGCUUGUGGGAUAGUCGUGACAUCGCUUUAUAUUUCUUCACUGACAACAAUGGACAUAAAGACAGGUUACAUGACACUAACCUCGCAAAGAGCUAUGGUCUUCAUGCAGAUUGUUGGUAUAACCAUUGGUUCUGUUAUUACGCCGUGCAUCUUCCGUGCCUUCCAAAGAAGCGGCAAGGCCCACGUCCCCAUCGGAUCAGCGGACUCGGCCUACCCAUGUCCCUAUGCUGGACUCUAUCGUGCCAUUGGAAUGAUCGGCUCGGCCGGUGUCGACGCGCUCCCAAAGCACUGUCUCAAGUUUUGCUUCGCCGCUGCUUGCUUUGCCAUUGCCAUAAACACAAUUUCCUUGCUAUCUCAGCGGAAAGGUUGGGCGAUACAAGCGUAUAUUCCUAGUGUGACAGUGUUUGCAUUGCCAUUCACCAUCGGAUCAGCCGUCGGAAUUGACCUGUGCAUAGGUAGUGUAGUGAUGUUUAUCUGGACCAAAAUGAAUGUCCAAAGCGCCGUCUUAUUGUCAGCAGCAGUUGCGUCAGGCUUGAUGUGUGGAGAAGGACUAUUUACAUUUCCAUCAGCACUACUCAGCCUUUACAGUGUGGAGCCACCAAUGUGCAUGAAGUUCAUUCAUAGUGGAAAACAAGUUGAUCUCACAGAGUCUUUCUUCAGAAAUAUGGGAACGCCUACAAAGCCAUGAGGGAUGUAUAUAUUAUCCGGAGAUGAAUUUAAUCCCCCGUUCUGAGCUAGCGUUUAAGGGAUGGAAAUAAAUACUCUGCAGCAUUACACAUCCAAGCAUCAUUGGAUACAAAACAGAGGUUGAGGGUGCAAAUACUGCAAUCUUCAGAAGCAUUUUUUAGCAUUGCUGCUUUGAGUUUUGGGCAUUAGUAGAAAUUGCAGUACCAUAGUAGAUCUGAUGCAUUUAGUUUUGAUCUAGUAGUGGUAGGUGCAUGUCUCUAAUGAGCAUAAAUGGUGUUCUCUGUUUUUCUCUCUAACUGUAUCAUUUUAGUGCCAACAGCUACAGAGUUUUGAAAUGUACAUGCACAAAGGCAUUGACAUGUGCA